CCCGGAUCUUCAGCUAGCCUUCCUGAUUCCAGCUGUUUUCGGUGUCCUGUUCCUAGGAGGACUGUCCUGCUUCACCCUUUACCAUCUGCGGUGUCAUCUGAAGGAAACCCCAGGCGGCCACAACAUCGACUAAUAUUUUGGUUCACCUAGCGACUCGAUGCACGAUGGAAACAUGGCUGGUAAUAGGAAUAUCCGGCGUCACGAACGGUGGUAAAACCACUCUUGCCAAAUCGUUACAAACCUACUUCCAAGCUCACCAGAAUAAGAUUAUAUUCAAAGAAAACAUCACACUAAACAAGGUCGCCUUGGUUGGACAGGAUGACUACUUUCUUCCGGUGGACAGUCCCAAACAUCAGGUUGUCGAGAAGUUGGGUCACAUUAACUGGGAGAUCCUGUCGUCGAUCGAUAUGGAUCGGAUGUGCCACGAUAUUAUGAAAAUCCUUGGACACAAAUUUAUUUUAUACAACUGCCAACAGCUGAGUAAAAGCGAGGGAGAUAAUAAUAUUGCUGAACCGGUCGAACCAGUAACCGAUGAGGAUAACAUAUUCGCCGAUCAUUUCUUGAGCAACUAUUUAAACAAAUAUGACGAUGGAUCCGCAGUCUCCGGAAGUAACCAAAGAACCACGAACCUUAUCAAAAAGUCCCGAAACGAGUCAUUCCAAAGUAUGAACAUCAAACUAAACGUUCUUUUGCUGGAAGGAUUUCUUGUGUUCAAUCAUCCCUUCACGUUAGACCUCUGCAGUUUGAAGUUCCAUCUACACCUGCCGUACGAACGAUGCUACGAUAGAAGAAUCCAAAGGACGUACGAUCCUCCUGAUGUAGUUGGAUAUUUCGAAAUGUGCGUGUGGCCAGCCUACGAAAAGCACUUUAAGGAGUUCAAAGAUCGAACCGAUAUUUUUAUGCUGAAUGGAGAAAUCCCGAAGGAAAACAUUCUCAACUAUGUUCUGAACUGCAUCAAAGAUAUGCUCUAAAAGGUAAGCAACGUCCGUCGUUGGGAGGUUACUAAACAGAUCGGUGAUGAUCGAACAAAAAUAUAUGGGUAACGAGAGUCUCUCGUGACAGACUUUUACAAAUGGUUCCUUUCCACAUAUACAUACAUAUUUUUCUUCUCUUUGUACAACUGAUUUUAACAAGUUUUGCGUCUUACGAGUAGUAUUUGCAGAUAUUGUAAUAAAUUAUACAAUAAUAACCAUCCACAAUUGUCAAA